CACUCAAUUUCCACUCUUUAUAACCUCAAACACUUUGAACUCCCAUUUUUUUCAAGCACAGACCACAUUUUCAUGUUCAGAACAUUCAGCAAAUUUUGUUUUUCAUCUUCAUUUUAAGUACCAUGUUGUCUUUUUCCUUACCCCUUUCCAACAGUGUUCUCCUCCAACCCGUUUUCCUUCAUGGCUUAUCCGGAUUCUUCCACCUUCUGUUGCUCAUCGCGGUUUCACUGUCAUGGGUUUGGAAGAAACUCACAACACGUAUCAGGGAUGAUUCGGAGGAGAAACACGACAACAUCCUCUUCGAAACAUGACUUACCCUCUGAUGUUGUAGAGAAGCUUCCCCGGGGAAGUUCUGAUACAGCAAUUGAACUAGUUGAUGGAAACUUUUCUUGGGAAUUAUCUAACCCAACACUGCAAAAUAUAAAUCUUAAAGUUUUUAAUGGGAUGAAGGUUGCAGUUUGUGGCACUGUUGGAUCAGGCAAAUCUACUUUACUUUCUUGUGUAUUGGGAGAAGUACCUAAAAUAUCAGGCAUCCUUAAGGUUUGUGGAACAAAGGCCUAUGUUACUCAAUGUCCAUGGAUACAAAGUGGCAAGGUUGAGGAUAAUAUAUUGUUUGGUAAACAAAUGGAUAGGGAAAAAUACGAGAAGGUACUUGAAGCGUGUUCCCUGAAGAAGGAUCUGGAGAUUUUGCCAUUUGGUGAUCAGACAAUCAUAGGAGAGCGUGGAAUAAAUUUGAGUGGUGGACAAAAACAAAGAAUACAAAUCGCACGUGCACUUUACCAAGAUGCUGAUAUAUAUCUAUUUGAUGAUCCUUUCAGUGCUGUGGAUGCUCACACGGGCUCUCACCUCUUCAAGGAAUGCUUGUUAGGCCUUUUAAGUUCAAAAACAGUGGUUUAUGUCACUCAUCAAGUCGAGUUCUUACCUGCUGCUGACCAUAUAUUGGUUAUGAAAGAUGGGAAAAUUACUCAAUGUGGAAAGUAUACUGAUUUGCUUAGUUAUGGAACUGAUUUUAUGGAACUUGUUGGUGCACACAAAAAAGCUCUGUCUACUCUAGAUUCAUUGGAUGGAGAAAAUGUAUCUAAUGAAAUAAGCACCUUGGAACAAGAUGUAAAUGUCUUUGGCACGCAAGGUUCUAAAGAAGAGGAGGCAAGUAAAGAUAGACAAAAUGGCAAAACAAACGAAAGUGAACAAAAAGGUCAGUUUAUUCAGAAAGAAGAAAGGGUGAAAGGUAAAGUUAGCUUUUCAGUUUAUUGGAAAUGUAUCACAACAGCAUAUGGAGGAGCUCUUGUACCAUUUAUAUUGUUAGCUCAGAUUCUUUUUCAAGUUCUUCAAGUUGGCAGCAAUUAUUGGAUGGCUUGGGCGACUCCCGUCUCAACAAAUGUGGAACCACCUGUUGAAGGAAUAACUCUUAUAGUAGUUUAUGUUAGUUUGGCUAUUGGAAGUUCAUCAUGCAUCCUUGCCAGAUCAAUGCUUCUUGUCACAACUGGUUAUAAAACAGCUACCAUACUCUUCACUAAAAUGCACUAUUGCAUUUUCCGUGCUCCAAUGUCAUUUUUUGAUUCCACUCCAAGUGGGCGAAUCCUUAACAGAGUUUCAACUGAUCAAAAUUCAUUGGAUACAAACAUUCCUCGUCAAAUUGCAUCAUUUUCCUUCAUUAUGAUCCAACUUCUAGGAAUUAUAGCAGUGAUGUCUCAGGCCGCAUGGCAGGUUUUCGUUGUCUUUAUACCUGUGAUUAUAGUCAGCAUUUGCUAUCAGCAAUAUUAUAUUCCAUCAGCCAGAGAACUAUCACGUUUAGUUGGAGUCUUCAAAUCCCCACUCAUACAACACUUUUCUGAAACAAUUUCUGGUACUUCAACCAUUAGAAGCUUUGAUCAGCAGUCAAGAUUUCAGGAAACAAAUAUGACACUGAGUGAUGGGUAUUCUCGGCCAAAGUUCAACAUUGCCGGUGCCAUGGAAUGGUUGUGCUUCCGCUUAGAUAUGCUGUCUUCUAUUAUAUUUGCCUUUUCCUUAAUAUUCAUAAUAUCAGUUCCACCGGGAUUCAUAGAUCCAGGCCUUGCUGGUUUAGCGGUUACAUAUGGGCUAAAUUUGAACAAUAUACAAGCUUUGAUGAUAUGGAAUCUAUGCAAAAUGGAGAGCAAAAUUAUAUCAGUAGAGAGAAUACUUCAGUAUACUUGUAUUCCUAGUGAGCCUCCCCUUGUUAUAGAUGAAAAUCAGCCAGAUUCUUCUUGGCCCUCAAAUGGCGAGGUUGAUAUACAAAAUUUGAAGGUUCGCCAUGCUCCACAUCUUCCACUUGUGUUGUGUGGUCUUACGUGCAAAUUUCAUGGAGGACUGAAAACUGGUAUUGUUGGGAGAACAGGAAGUGGUAAAUCCACACUUAUACAAACGCUUUUCCGAAUUAUUGAGCCUGCUGUUGGAAAAGUUAUGAUUGACAACAUCAACAUCUGUUCCAUUGGACUUCAUGAUUUGAGGUCUAGACUAAGCAUUAUUCCUCAGGAUCCAACAAUGUUUGAAGGGACAGUAAGAAAUAAUAUGGACCCCCUGGAAGAACACACUGAUGAAGAGAUUUGGGAGGCCUUGGAUAAGAGUCAACUUGGAGAUGAAGUUAGAAAGAAAGAAGGAAAGCUUGACUCCAAAGUUAGUGCGAAUGGUGAGAAUUGGAGUAUGGGUCAGAGACAGUUGGUCUGCCUUGGCAGGGUGCUGCUUAAGAAAAGCAAGGUUUUGGUUCUUGAUGAAGCCACUGCAUCAGUCGAUACAGCAACGGAUAAUUUGAUUCAGCAAACUCUCAGGCAACAUUUCGCUGACUCCACAGUUAUUACCAUUGCACACCGAAUAACUUCAGUUCUUGACAGUGAUAUGGUUCUGCUUCUUAGUCAAGGACUUAUUGAGGAGUAUGACACCCCAACAAAAUUGCUAGAGAAUAAGUCUUCAUCUUUUGCUCAACUUGUUGCUGAGUAUACCACGAGGUCCAAGUUCAGUUUUGAGGAAUCUGAUGAUCACUGAUUGAAAUUGAAGCAUACAGAAACAUAAUUUUUUCUUGACAAUGACGAAAAUCUGGGCGAUAACAUUGAUUUUGUGUUUUUUUCCAAGAUAAACGUAUUUCACAAAAUAGGUUUGUAAUGUGGAGGGUAAUGCCCUAGUCUCUUUACACAGGUGAAUGAAGAAAUUAUUAACAGGAAAUAUUUAUACAUAGUGAAAUAGAAAAUCAAAUUGAUUUUGGUGCAUUCCUGGUAUGUGUAGACCAAAGACAGAAUCUACCUGUUGGAGAAUAGAUAUUCUUACCAAUCACUCUCUGGGAAAAAUGCUCUUGUUCAGUGUAUGCUUAAUUGACAA